AUAAUGCCUUUAUCUUCCUCACACUUUACCAUGCGUUAUGCAACACAAUCCCUAUUGUCACGCAGGAUUGUGUAGACUAGCUGUCUGUUCGGUGGUAUUCAUUUGUAAAGACCAUAUCCAGCUCAAGGUGUUGCUUUCAUAUUUGUGAGCUUAUCUACUUCUAAAACUCACUUAAACAUGAGAGGAGCCAUUUUUACCGCGUUUGUGAUGAUGUCUUUGUUUUGUUUGGGACAAACACUUGAGUGUUUUCGGUGUGAACUUGGAUUCUGGGAUGUGUGUUACACUACCAAGACAAACUGCAGUGAUGAUGAAUUGUGUUAUGUGGGAAUUGGUAAAGCAGCUUCUGUCCUGGAUAUAAAGGUGAUGGGUUGUCUUCCCAUGGAGGCAUGCAACAAGACAACAGUUGUAGAGUUCCUUGCCAAAAAGACCUUAUACACCUUGAAGACCACCUGCUGUGAGGAAGACUUCUGCAACGCUGGCCCUUCAAUUCAGUUGUCCCUUGCUCCUCUUUUGCUUGCCAUACUACUUAUUGCUGAGAUGGGUGUGUUUUGAAGAUUUCCAAAUUCUAAUGGUCAUAUAUGGGAUUGAAGGCUUGUUUCAUGUUUACAUUGUUCACGUACUGUAACUGUUUUACUGCUGUUUUGAUCAAAAAAAGAGCUGCUUUGAUGCUUUUGUUGAGUUGUUAAUCCAAGCGAGUAAAGAUUAUAAAUACAAUGUGAAAUACGCUAGUUUUGUUAAAUAAAUGCAAAUGUUAAACAUU